AAAGUCCGUGGGAACGCAGUGUGGCGGUGGAGGUAAAAUGCGGGCGCUGACGGAUGAAGAAACCAGGGUUGUUUUUGAAAAGUUAUCGAAGUUGUGAGUGGUUGUACUAUGUUUGAAUGUGUGGUUGUCUCUCAAACGUCACCAAACGCUCGUUUCCCCUUGUGGGUGUGACAUUAAAAAAAUCAGCAUAGCUGGCCCCUCUUAAUUAAAUUUUACUCUCUGUGGUAUAAUAUUCUGGGGAUGUGCAGGUUUCCCAGUAAACCCACGGACAGAUAAGUGGCUGAUACACCACACCUGACUGGCAUUAAUGAAUAAGUUAAUACCAAUAUAUUAUAAUAAUUACACCUUGCUCUUUUUUAUAGUGUAGGAGAAAAUCUGAGAUAUCUUGUGGAGCGACCUGAUGGAAGCUACUGCUUUCGGCUACACCGAGGAAGAGUUUACUACGUAAAAGAGGCACUCAUGAAGUGGGCUACCAAUAUUGGGAGAAAGAAUUUGAUCAGUAUGGGAGUAUGUGUUGGAAAAUUUACUAAAAGCAAGAAGUUUCACAUGCAAAUUACUGCAUUGGAUGUGAUACAAUCCUAUUCAAAGUUCAAGAUGUGGAUAAAACCAAAUGCUGAACAGGCAUUUCUAUAUGGAAAUCAUGUAUCCAAGUCUGGAUUGGGUCGUGUUACAGAGAAUAUGGUUCAGUAUCAAGGAGUUUUGCUUUAUUCAAUGUCAGAUAUCCCAUUGGGAUUUGGUGUCACUUCAAAAACUACUCAAGAAUGCCGGCGUGCUGAACCUGCCACAGUUAUAGCCUUUCAUCAAGCUGACACAGGAGAAUACAUUCGAUCAGAGACUACUUUAGUGUAACAUUUUGUAUUUUCAACUGUGAAUAUUCUAUCAGCCAUUAUGGGCUUGAAAAUUUACAUACAUAUAUGUGCAUACAGAGGAGAGGUGUUUGUGUGGGCAUAAGAUUUGACAAGGUGGAGUGGUUGUGGGAUAUUGACAAUUGUGACUGUUCCUUGAAGGCGUUUGUGUAUACAUAAACUGGGGAGUUGAGGUAUGUAUAUUCGUCACUAUUGCUGAUAGUAUAUUCGAACUGAAUGCAAACCUCGUUUAAUUAGUGGGCAAAUGAUGCCUCCUUGAUGACUUAAUUAAAAGCACUAAAGUGCAAACCCUUGGCAA